CUAUGCAGCUUGAAAUACAAGUAGCACUCAAUUUCAUUAUUUCAUAUUUGUACAAUAAGCUUCCCAGACGACGUGUGAACAUUUUUGGUGAAGAGCUUGAAAGACUACUUAAGAAGAAAUAUGAAGGGCAUUGGUAUCCAGAAAAGCCAUACAAAGGAUCAGGGUUUAGAAGUAUACAUGUAGGGAAGAAAGUGGACCCAGUUAUUGAACAAGCAUCCAAAGAGAGUGGUUUGGACAUUGAUGAUGUUCGUGGCAAUUUGCCUCAGGAUCUUAGUGUCUGGAUUGACCCAUUUGAGGUUUCAUACCAAAUUGGUGAAAAGGGACCAGUGAAGGUGCUUUAUGUGGAUGAUUCCAAUGAAAAUGGAUGUGAGUUGGAUAAGGAAAUCAAGAAUAGCUUUAAUCCAGAGGCCCAGGUGUUCAUGCCAAUUAGUGACCCAGCAUCUUCUGUCUCAAGUUCUCCUUCACCUCCCUUUGGUCACUCUGCUACUGUGAGCCCAACCUUCAUGCCCCGUUCCACUCAGCCUUUAACUUUCACCACUGCCACAUUUGCUGUCACCAAGUUUGGCUCAACCAAAAUGAAGAACAGCAACCAUACCAACAAGUUUGCCCACACUUCUCCCACUAACCUUGGCUUGAAUGUCAAUGAUCUGCUGAAACAGAAAGCUCUUUCCUCCUCCAUGCAUUCUCUGUAUGGUCUUGGUCUAGGUAGCCAACAGGUUCCACAACAGCAGCAACCACCACAGCAGCAGAAAACAUCUGCUCUUUCUCCUAAUGCAAAGGAGUUCAUUUUCCCUAAUGUACAGGGCCAAGGUAGUACAAAGAACCUGUUCCCUGGUGACAGUCCCCUUAACCUUAAUCCUCUCCAGUACAGUAAUGCCUUUGAUAUGUUUGCGGCCUAUGGAGGUCUAAAUGAGAAAUCUUUUGUGGAUGGCUUGAAUUUCAGCUUAAAUAGCAUGCAGUACUCUAAACAGCUAUUCCAGCCUGUUAUGGCUAACUAA